ACCAGCACUCAGUGAGUCGCGAGCGGCCGAGACACACGCGCGCGAAAAAAAACAAACGCGAGUACCGUUGCAAAAACAAACUCCGACCGUAGUAAACAGUGGCGCGACAGUAUGACAUCGUAAACAAAUACUUUCCACAAACAUUUCUUACGUUACGCCAACAUGUCUCGCGCUUCACCUUUCAACGGCUACUUUUAAUUCAGCAAAAUGACCAAAUACAAGUUGAACAAUACGGCGCGGUCUUCCUCCGAGGUGACUCUGACAGCCUACAUGGCCGGGUCUGACGGGCGCCGAGACUGCCACAUCCCUCUUGACUCCAACCAAAACGACCACGGGAACCAAGCUAAUAGGAACCUGGAAGCCGUGAAUAAGUGCCACUUCUGCCCGCACUCCUGUGAGUUCCUCCAACAGACUGACAACCUCGCCGCGUCCCUCGCCAAGGAACAAUGUGAUAAGUUUGGACUCAACGAACUCAAGGUGGAAUCUUUGGACAGUGUUUGUCUGUGUGAGAAGUACAAUGGGGGCUGCAAGCUGUGUCCGCGGUCCGGGCACGCGUUGGGCCAUGGCCCACGACUGGACCAUGGACCACGCCUGGACCAUGAACCAGGGCUGGGCCAUGGACUAGGGCUGGACCAGCUCAAUGGCAAGGACUCCUGCCCAGCCUGCCAUGGGACCACCUGUGGCACACCGUAUUCUAAGAGCGAAUCCUACCCCUCCUCCUCCUUCCCCUACUCGCUGGGCGGCGAGGAGGGCGGGGGGUGGCGGGGGCGGGCGGCGCGCGCUGCUCGCGGCUGCUGGUCCGGCAAGACGCUGCUGCGGCGCGCGCCCGUGCUGGCCUGGGCGCCGCUUUACACCUUGAGGAGCGCCCUGGCUGAUUUGAUAGCAGGGGUGACGGUGGGUCUCACGGUGAUCCCGCAGGCCAUCGCGUACGCGGGCGUGGCGGGCCUGCCGCCGCAGUACGGGCUCUACUCCUCCUUCAUGGCCUGCUUCGUGUACACUAUAUUCGGGUCAGUGAAAGACUCGGCCAUCGGCCCGACGGCCAUCGCCGCCAUCUUGACGCGCGAGAACCUGCACGGGCUGGGGCCGGAGUUUGCGGUGCUGCUGGCCUUCCUCUCCGGCUGCGUGGAGCUGCUCAUGGGCAUCCUGCAACUGGGGUUCCUGAUAGACUUCAUCAGCGGGCCGGUGUCGGUGGGCUUCACGUCGGCGGCCGCCAUCAUCAUCGCCACCACGCAGGUCAAGGACAUCCUCGGACUCAGCUUCCCGGGGGGGAAGUUCUUGCAGGUGUGGACGGGCCUGUACGAGCACAUCGGCGAGACGCGGCUGUGGGACGCCCUGCUCGGCGUCUCCUGCAUCGUAGUUCUGCUGCUGCUCAGGGUAAGUUACACAGAAAAAAAUAUCUUUUUUUACCCCAAAUUGGACGUUUCGUACCUGAAAAUAUUUAUUAUAUACCCGAGUCCGCGUAAAGUGAAGGACAUCAAGGUUCCCGCCCCUUCGUCCCCGAGCCGCGCGGCGCUCGCCAACACGCUGUGGUUCCUGUCCACCACCAGGAAUAUAUCUGUAGUGCUGGUCUGCGCUGGACUGGCCUAUUACUUUGAUACGCAGCACCAGACGCCGUUUAAGCUUACUGAUCUCUACAACUACGUGUACGACUCUGGCGAUAUACCUGAAGACUGGUUGAAAUCUACCUUCAUCACUCUACCUAAGAAACAGGGCGCAAAGAAAUGCCAAGAUUUCCGUACCAUAAGCCUCAUGAGCCAAGUGUUAAAAGUGUUUUUAAGCAUUAUACACAAUCGCAUCAGAACUAAAUGCGAAGAUCAGCUCGAGGAAAGUCAGUUUGGUUUCCGCGCUGGCAUGGGUACGAGAGAGGCUCAAUUCGCACUCAACGUGCUAGUUCAAAAGUGUAGGGAAAUGCAGCAAACUGUGUUUCUUUGCUUUAUAGACUACGAGAAAGCUUUCGACCGUGUACAACACGAGGUACUUAUUAAACAACUCGUAGCUAUCGGCCUAGACAGCAAAGACAUACGCAUCAUCAGCAACCUAUACUGGAGGCAAUCAGCAACGGUAUUGGUGGAUGGAGAGGAAACAGGUGCCGUUGGUAUUCAACGAGGUGUCCGUCAAGGAUGCAUCUUGUCCCCGUUGCUCUUCAAUCUAUACUCCGAAACAAUCAUACGAGAAGCACUGGAAGACGUGGAAGCAGGAGUCGUCGUCAACGGGCGCGUGGUCAACAACCUGCGUUACGCGGACGACAUUGUCCUAUUAGCAUCCACCCAAGAAGGUCUCCAACAGAUUGUAGACAGAGUUUACGAGUGCAGCAGAAGAGUUGGGUUGAACAUGAAUGUGUCCAAGACGAAGUUUAUGGUAGUCGCGAAUGAGCCCAAAACGACGACAGACUUACGCAUAGGAGCGAACAUCAUUGAAAGAGUCGACAAAUACAAGUAUCUUGGGUCAUGGCUGACGGACUCAUGGGGGAGUGAUACUGAAAUACGAGAGCUUCUUCAUGGUGCUGGUGUGGUGGUACUCGCCUACUACUACUUCGACACGCAGCACCAGACGCCAUUCAAGCUCACUGGCACAGUAAAGCCGGGGCUGCCCGAGUUCAAGCUGCCGCCGUUCUCGGCGACCGUCGGGAACCACACCUACACCUUCAUGGAGAUGACGUCCACGCUCAGCUCCGCCAUAUUCGUCGUGCCAUUGCUCUCUAUACUGGAGAAUAUCGCGCUUGCUAAGGUUUUCUCGGACGGUAAAUACGUGGAUGCAACUCAAGAGAUGCUGGCUCUAGGCGUGUGCAACAUCGCGGCGUCGCUAGUGGACUCGAUGCCGGUGUCUGGAGCCCUGUCCCGCGGCGCCGUGAACCACGCCUCGGGGGUCGCCACCACCGCCGGCGGCCUGUAUACUGGCGCGCUGGUUAUACUGUCCUUGCAGGUUGGCCGGUUCAAAUACGUGGACGCACAAGAGAAGCUGGCACUAGGCGUGUGCAACAUCGCGGCGUCGCUAGUGGACUCGAUGCCGGUGUCGGGCGCGCUGUCCCGCGGCGCCGUGAACCACGCCUCGGGGGUCGCCACCACCGCCGGCCGGUUCAAAUACGUGGACGCAACACAGGAGAUGCUGGCGCUAGGCGUGUGCAACAUCGCGGCGUCGCUAGUGGACUCGAUGCCGGUGUCUGGGGCUCUGUCCCGGGGCGCCGUGAACCACGCCUCGGGGGUCGCCACCACCGCCGGUGGCCUGUAUACUGGCGCGCUGGUUAUAUUGUCCUUGCAGUACUUCACGCCAUACUUCUUCUACAUCCCGAAGGCGUCGCUGGCGGCCGUCAUCAUCGCCGCCGUCGUGUUCAUGAUGGAGCUGCAUGUCUUCAAGCCCAUCUGGAGGACUAAGAAAGUGGACAUAAUCCCGGCGGUGGUGACGUUCGUGGCGUGCCUGGUGACCCGGCUGGAGCUCGGCAUCGUCAUCGGCAUCGCCGUCAACCUCAUGUUCCUGUUGUACGCCUCCGCCAGGCCGACUGUGCGCGUGUCCAGGGCUACUUCAAUGUCCGGAGUAGAAUACCUAGUGGCAGUAGUGGACCGGUCUCUCUCGUUCCCUUCAGCGGAGUACGUGCGGCGCGCGCUGCGCAAGGCGGCGCAGAAGGACAUCAACGUGCCGCUCGUGUUGGACGCUACGCAUGUGCAGGCGGCUGACUUUACUGCUGCUAGGGGCAUAAAAUCCCUGAUCGAGGACUUCGACUCCCUCGGCCAAGCGCUGAUCUUCUACAACGUGAAGCCGUCCAUCGCGAGCGUGUUCCGCGGCGUCAAGCCGAAGCAGUUCGUGCACUGCGCGUGCAGGGCUGAGCUGGAUGAAGUGCUGAGCAGUAUCGCCGCUAAACUCAAUGUGGAAAGGCAAGCAGCGGCGGCCCAGCAGCAACCAUCGGCCUCGUGA